AUGACUGGCACAAAAGGAGAAAAGGGAGAGCCUUCUGAAAAAGGGGACAAAGGAGAGCCAGGAGAAACUGGAAUAGAGGGAUCAAAAGGAAAUAAGGGUGAAACAGGAGACCCUGGACCACCUGGUCUUACUGGAAAUCCAGGAUCAAAGGGCUUACCAGGAGAGCAUGGGGUACCAGGAAACCCAGGAGUAAAAGGAGACAAGGGGGACCCUGGUGGGAUUAUGGGACCGCCUGGACAUCCAGGUCCAAAAGGUGAUGUGGGACCUCCUGGACCAAGUCUGCCUGGAAGACCAGGUCCCACUGGUAUUCCUGGAAACCCCGGUCCACGUGGACCAAAGGGAGAAAGAGGACUACCUGGUGUACAAGGAGCACCUGGGGAGAUGGGGCCCCCGGGAAUAGGCAUUCAGGGAUCACCAACCCAGAAAGAUCUAGUGCUAAGUGAGAAAUGGAAGCCUUGGAGAACUGAAAGAGUCAAUGGCUACUCUACAGAUGAGCUUCCUAGUGAUGGUGUUGAGACAUCUUCAGACUACCUGUGUCUGUUUGUCAGCAACAAUUGUUUGCAGUUGUCAGCAAAAUCCAGCCUGAGUACUGGUACAAGAGAAGAGGGUCCUGUAGGUCCAACUGGGUCCACAGGUGUGCAGGGCCCUAGGGGACCCCCAGGAUUACCAGGAACUCCAGGUACCCCUGGUAUUAAUGGCACUCCAGGAAGAGAUGGAAAACCAGGACUACCAGGCCCUCCAGGUGAUCCUAUCGCACUGCCACUUGUGGGAGACAUGGGUGCUGUACUGAAGGGUGAUCCUGGCACAAGAGGUCCUCCAGGCAUCCCUGGUAGAGAAGGGCCAAAGGGAAGCAAAGGUGAACGUGGAUUUCCUGGGCUUACUGGAGAAAAGGGCGAUGAGGGCCUCCAAGGCGCUCCCGGACUGCCAGGCGUACCAGGACCCAGCGGACCGUCUGGAGUCACAGGAAGACCCGGACAUCCCGGUCCAGCAGGGUCAAAAGGCGAAAAGGGUAGUGAAGGUUCUCCUGGGAAACCUGGACCACCUGGGCCUCCGGGAGGUGUGAGUGUCGCUAGUUAUCCAGGUCCACCAGGACCUCCAGGUGACCGUGGACCAGCUGGCACACCAGGAGUAGCAGGGACACCGGGAAAGCCAGGAUCUCCAGGGUCCCCAGGGAUGCCAGGGGAACCUGGUGAAAGAGGACCUAUAGGAGAUAUAGGCUUCCCAGGGCCAGAAGGGCCACAAGGAAAACCAGGAACCAAUGGAAAAGAUGGAUUGCCAGGUCCUCCGGGUGCUGUGGGGAGACCAGGAGACAGAGGACCCAAAGGAGAACGUGGAGACCAGGGUAUUCCAGGGGACAGAGGUCCACAAGGUGAACGAGGGAAACCUGGCCCAUCAGGAGAAAAGGGGGAUGUGGGUCCUAUUGGGCCACCAGGAGACAGAGGCUAUCCAGGAUCACCAGGUCAUCAAGGUCCCCCGGGUUCACCAGGACCCCCAGGGUUUCCAGCUGAUACAGUUUCACUUGAAGAAAUAAAAAAUUAUAUCAAACAAGAGGUUCUUAAGGUUUUUGAAGAAAGGAUGGCUCAGUUUGUGUCCCAGCUGAAGCUGCCUGCUGCAAUGCUUGCCUCCCAAGCUCACGGAAGACCAGGGCCCCCAGGAAAAGAUGGGUUACCAGGGCCACCAGGAAAGGAUGGUUUGCCAGGGCCACCAGGAGAACGUGGAAUUCAAGGUUAUAGAGGACAGAAAGGGGAAAGAGGCGAGCCUGGAAUUGGACUGCCUGGUAACCCUGGACCACCCGGCCCUGAAGCUACCGGCCUGCCAGGCCCGCCGGGAACGCCAGGCUCACCCGGACCGCAGGGGCCACCCGGACCCAAUGGGAGAUGCAAUCCGGCAGAUUGCUAUUACCACGUAUCACAGACUCGGUCACGCAGCAGCGGGAAAUAAAAACCCUGUCCCCUAGACACUUGGGUUCACCGUCACUUUUCACUCCUCUCAAUAAGUUAAUUUAACCUUUGAAAUAUUUGGUGCAUUUUUAUUAUUUUUUUUUUUCCCCUCGACACUGCACGGUAUGUAGAUAAUUUAUAAGGCACGGAAUUGAGCCUUUUUCUAUGUUAUUUGCAGUGUCAUAAGUACGAAAUGAUGACAUAUAUUUUCCAGAGUGCAUUCCAUGUGUUACAUUUCUCAUAUUUAUUUUGCUUAGAGGAGAAAAUAGGCCCAAAUAGCUUUCAUAAGCUUCUUUCUUCAAACAAAAAAUAUUUUAUUAUAACUUAAGACAGUAUGUAUGCCUCAGUAUGUAAGCUGGCUUUAUUUUUCUUGCUGGUGGUGAAGUUGAAAAGGAGAAAAUGCAUUUCUG